AUGACGGCGAGUCUCCUCGCCCUCUUCAAGGUCCCCCUGGCGCCCCACCUCUUAAUGGUUCCUGCUGGAGAUGGAAUCUGGACUCGGAGGUUAUGGCCUGCAGGAGGAAAGCAUGGGCUCUGCCUUGGAGGAGCCCCUGGACGGCCCUUUACCUUUCACAGCGUCUGUGGAUCCGACCCCCCUCAGAGCUGCCUCUUCAGCCAGCUGCUCAAUGCGGGAGCUGCCAUGGCUGCCUGGAUCUGCAUUGUGCGUUACCACCAGCUCCGGGACUGGGGCGUCGCAACGUGUCAUAACCAGUCGAUCCUGUGGUUGGGACUCCUCUGUGCUCUAGGGACGUCCAUAGUAGGCAACUUCCAGGAAAAACACCAGAAGCCCACACACCUGGUGGGGGCCUUCCUCGCCUUCAUAAUGGGCAACCUUUACUUCUGGCUGCAGCUCCUUCUGUCCUGGCGGAUGAAGGACCAGCCCCAGCCCGGAGCCCCCUGGAUCUGGAGGCUGCGCCUGACCCUCUGCAGCCUCUGCUCCAUCCUCACAGUGGCCAUGAUCAUCCUCUACUUCUGGCCGCCGCGCUCUGCCUCAGCUAUCUGUGAGUGGGCCGUGGCCAUGCUGCUCUUCACACUCUUUGGCCUCUUCGCUGUGGACUUCUCCCGCCUGGACAGCUGCAGCCUGAGCCUUCAGCCUCGGCAGGACCUCAGUCCCCCACCAGGCUCCCCUGUAUCCCUGCAGGUCCAGCUGUAGCAGGCUCUCUGACUGGGCCCCGCACUUACAGGAGGAGAAAGAACAGGCCCAUCCCUGGUUCCCCCCACCAAGAUGGACCACUGGGGGUCUCUCCUGCCGGCUGGCUCUGGGGGCUGCUGACCACUCCUGUCCUGGAGCCUAGUGGAUGUGUGCAUGUGGGGGCUUG